AUGAGAUUCAUGACUAUAUGGACUCUUGUGACAGUUAUUCCGGCUGCUAUAGCUGAACGAGUGCUUGCUUCACAUUAUAUCAGCGACUAUGAAAAAAUUAAUCGUCCAUGGAUCUCAUAUCUGGUAAAUGGAAGCUCUUUGGUGCUUGGUGCCGGAUAUUAUUUGAUCUUUCAAUCAUUUUUCACCGGCUUAUACGGUAUGAUAUUGACGGUGGUUUUCACCGUGACGAUUUUCCUUCUCUCAUCACUUGCUAUUAUGAUGGUUUGUCGUCGCGAUGCUGCUAAACUUCAUGAUCUUAAGAAUGAAACAGGUUGUUCGACGUUGAACUACACAUUGAGUAUGAAGUUUCAAUUGGAAGAAAAUGUUCGAGUAUCAAAGGUAUAUAACAUAUCAAAAUUUUAUCAGGUUGCGCAAAUGUUAGUUUAAAU